UCUCCAUCGCUAUCAUCUUCCCUUCCUUCACACGUUGAUUAUGCAUACGACAAUCGAAAAGUCAUGUGGGACUGGUGGUACUGUUUCUCUUUCAACUCCAACAAAGACAACAGCCCUUAUUCCCACAAUUUGCUCCCAAUUCGACAUGAAAAUCGCCCAACAAUUCAAAAUCCAUCUCCGAUUUCCCGUUCCACGAUGAUUCUCACCUCUUGGCUAAAUCGUCGCCGCUUCCGGCGCUACUUCUGUCUCUUUCUCUGCUCUCCUUUUCUUCUUCCUUUGUUUUGUGCUACUUGCCCUAUCAUUUGUGCUGCUGAAAUCUGCUACCGUCUGUGCUAUCGCCGCCGCAGCCGAUCGCCGUGGAAAUCGGAGGAGAGAUUCGACGGCGGAGGCGGCGAUGGGCGGGGACGGUGUGAGGGAGCGGAAGGUAGUAUAGAUGAAAGUCAAGAGACAAUGUUGUUGCGGAGGUAUCUGGAUGAUCAACUGCUUCUAGUGAUUGAAUCUGUGUACAAUUGUGGAGAUGAAGAAUAUGAAGAUGUGGAAGUUGCAGAUAAUAGAAGCCUUCUUCUGCAAUGAUAGAAGAAAGUCAGA